AUGAAAGGAAUCGAGCAAGUACUACUCCGAACAGCACUGAAGACAAAACAAGACCGAUUGUAUUCCAUGCUAUUAAAAUGUGCUUGUAAAGAAGAGUGUUGUAAACGAUUCGUGCCUGGUAACCUUUGGAGGAGAAUCGAGGGUGAGUCAAGAGUCAUUUGUGAUAAUAUUCGCUCUAAUGCCAAGUCUAGGCUACAAGGGAAGUUCAGUGGGUUAUUGCAUCGGGAACUGAAUCAAAAACAGCCUGCAAGAGUAGUAGCAGACCCUGGUAGUGCUAGCCGUAGUGAUGUUUCCGAAAAUGCAAAAUUACCGCCUCGUGUUUCGGUCAUAGGCAGUGUAUCUUUUUCUAAUAACGCGCCCUCAGUUUUGGAUAUGGGCCCAAGUUUCUCACCUGUUCAAUCGAUAGGGCCCAGGGUAGUACGAAAGAUAGUGGGCAGCCUACAAUACGUACAUGACCGUCUGCGAUAUAGAGCAAAGAUCGGAGAGGAGGAAACGGGUAGAGGAAGUAAUAUUAAUGCGAAUUUCCCUGUGGUACCGUUCCCCGCAAUGAUAUUCAAACCUCAGGAUCCCCAUCCUCGAGUGGAUGCCAAGUUUCGUUUGUUCACCACAUCAGUUUUCUCGAUUCUCAAACGUUUUUCGAGAAAACAUCCUAUUUCUAAUCUCACGCCAAUGCAACGCUCUGGCCUACGUGAGAUACGCGAACUCUCAACACGUGGCGAGAUAAAGGUCACAAUCAGCGAUAAGGGAGGAGAGUUUGUGGUCAUAUCACGUGAACUAGACAUGGCUAUCACUCGAAAACAUCUGGAUGACGCUACACUCUACCACUCUUCGUCACAUGAAGAGUUCAUAAAACAGAGUCGCCGUCUCAAUAGAGUUUGGGUAGAGAUUGGAAAGGCUGCGGGGUUACAUAAAACAAUGAUCAAAAAGCUGAAAUACGAACUUCCUACUUGCCCAGUUUUAUACCUGCUAAUAAAAACACAUAAACUCUCUUCCUUUGCUUUCCUUUCAGAAGACCCGGAUGUAUUCAAAGUACGUCCUAUCAUAAGCAACGUAGGUGGCCCCACGGACAGAAUAUCUUGGCUUUUGAACGCUAUACUUGCACCAUUGCUCAAGUAUGUUCCCGCGCAUCUAUCCAACACCAACAUGUUCCUUGAGCAGCUUAAAAGAGUGCGUUCAGAAAAAGAAUGUGUCAUCGAAUCUUUCGACGUCACAUCGCUUUAUACAAAUGUUUCCAACGGCGCUGCAAUGCAAGCUGUGUUCGAGCUACUCGUAGAACAUCGGGACACCUUAGACUUGCACGAGUUUUCCAUAAGGCAAAUUAUGACGCUCCUGGAUGAAUGCUUAAAGUGCUCCAUUUUUCGUUGGGCCGGCAACUACUAUAGACAGGUCAGGGGAUUGGCCAUGGGACAAAGACUAGCUCCCACACUAGCCAUUGCAUUCAUGUCCAAAAUAGAACAACGCAUUCUGGAACGGAAACCUUUCCUGUAUUGCCGUUAUAUCGAUGACUGUUGCAUUAUAUGCCCCACUCAAGACGAGAUGGACACUUGUUUCGAGCUUCUAAACCAACAGUCCCCUUAUAUACGGUUCACAAGGGAGAAACCCAAAGAAAAUUGGCUGUCCUUCCUCAAUGUAGAAAUACAGUGGUCCAAUGGUGAAUGGAAGACACGAUGGUUCCGAAAACCUAGCAGCAAAAACAUUUUAGUUCAUUGUCUUUCCGCUCACCCUUGGAAAACUAAGAAAUCUGUGGUUAAAAACAUGUUUAGGACAGCCGUAAGGGUGACAUCAGAUGUCCAGGAGCGGAUCGAUGCGAUCAACCUAGCGCAACGCAUCGCGAAUUCUAACGGUUAA